UCGCGGUGUCGUCGGCGGUCCCUGAGACAUGGCCUCCUCGGUGUUCUGCUGCCUGCGGUGCUGCAGAGAUGGCGGGACGGGCCACAUCCCUCUGAAAGAGAUGCCGGCCGUGCAGCUGGACACGCAACACAUGGGAACAGAUGUUGUCAUUGUAAAAAAUGGAAGAAGAAUAUGUGGAACAGGAGGUUGUUUAGCCAGUGCACCCCUACAUCAAAACAAAAGCUACUUUGAAUUCAAAAUCCAGUCCACAGGAAUCUGGGGUAUUGGCGUUGCAACUCAGAAAGUUAACUUGAAUCAGAUCCCUCUUGGCCGAGAUGUGCACAGUUUGGUGAUGAGAAAUGAUGGAGCCCUGUACCACAACAACGAGGAGAAAAAUAGGCUGCCAGCAAACAGCCUUCCCCAGGAGGGCGAUGUGGUGGGUAUUACAUAUGACCAUGUAGAAUUAAAUGUAUAUUUGAAUGGGAAAAACAUGCAUUGUCCAGCAUCAGGAAUACGAGGGACAGUGUAUCCAGUUGUUUAUGUUGAUGACAGUGCAAUUUUGGAUUGCCAGUUCAGUGAAUUUUAUCAUACUCCUCCACCUGGUUUUGAAAAGAUAUUAUUUGAACAGCAGAUCUUCUGAAUGUAUUUGUUUUUGAAACUUGUAUUUCUGCACUGUUAAAAGUGUUUACCAUUUAAUAAAGCUUUACCUGACCUAUAGAUGAAAAUAUAUUCUUAAAAACAUGCUUGUUAAUGUUAUCUAAGUGUAUACAAUAUACCAUCCUGAAGUUCUGAUUUAAAAUACUUACGUUUUGUGAUAUGAAAUCAGCAUUUGGGGAAG